AUGCUGGCGCUGCAACCUGGAGCUGGAGGGGUCGAGUCGGCCUUACCAACUUCAACAGCCCAAGGUCCACCUUCAUCUCCAUCUCCAUCUCCAUCUCUACCUUUACCUCUACCUUUACCUCUACCUCUACCUCUACCUCUACGCAACAUUCAAAAACCAAAGCAGAUGAGCAAGUCGCACGCAAUGCACUACUGGCUCGACCAACCCCUCCGGAACGGCCAAGAACCCCACGAAUGGGAACCAGGCAACGCAGAAGAAGCGGCAGCGAACAUCGACAAGUGGUACAACGCCGGUCGUCCUUUAUAUCCCCUGGAGACCCUGCAAAGUAUUAAAGACCAACUACAGCAGCCUCUGAAACAGGGCGACUUGAUCUCCGUUAAGGGCUUUGAUGGGGAGGUGUACGAGUGGCUUGUUCGGAUUGGCGAGGUGAAGGAACGGUACGCGCGUGAUCACGACAAUGUCGACGAGGAUGGAUGGCCCAUUGAGAAUGAAGAGAAGAAGGAGGAGUGGGUGUUUUGUUCUGCGAGUAUACACUAUACUUCCUAUGAAAGCCUCAAGGACUAUUUGGAGUGGGAUACGUCGAGGGCAUACUGUCCAAUUGGAAUUGCGCACAUUAUGGUUCGUAAGGACCAGGAGGCUGAGGCUGUCAGUCAUGUUGAUGUCGAGGCCGGAUUGGGGUCGUUCAGGGGCAUUUUGGAUGAAUGGGAAGGGGGGGAUACAUGGCGCGAAAUCAAGUCUACGCUGUUGUCCCUGGGCCUCCGCUGCAAGAUCCCCAAGGUGAUAGGUAUGGCUUGCGGGAGAUUUACAGCAAGUACAGGGUACGAAGAGUGCAAGCGGUCUGCAGUGCAACAUGCAUUCUUGGUACUGCUCAAAAGGGCUCUACAAGAGAGUGACCUGGGACCUGCAGAGGUCGCUUGCUACGCCCAAGAUCCUGCAUACUCUCAGACAGACCAGGCAGUGAUGAAGGAAUCAGGAAUCGACGUGGUAGAUGACCCAGAGGGCUUCCUACAGAUGGAUGACAACUCUCUCGUCUUCUGCUGUGGUCCCAAUAUCUGCGUGAAGCAGAUAAUGGCGGAUACGGCGCGUCCCUCCAUCAUUAUCUGGUGUGCUGUGAAAGAGGACAAUCCAAAGUAUAGCUCCACUGAUCCGAAUUCUUCACGCGUCCACAAGAUGGUCGAGUCGUAUGAUAGGCUUGAAUUUCCUGACGAUCCCGACAAUAAUUUCACUACUAUGGCGAUAUAUGUAAAGAAGGAGUCUCGCGUGGUCAAACCGGACUGA